ACUGCUAGAUAAAAACACUUGGCUUCCAGCUCCUCUUCAGCUCAGCAAUGCAUUCAGGCCCCCUUCCACUACAGUGUAAGCUUUUCCUCCUUCCCGAGUGGCCAACAACCAGCACAGGUAUUGGGUCUGGUCACCCAGCACUUCCACGUCAUAAUUGUUGCUGUGACUCAGGUAUCUUCCUACUCCCUGGAGAGGUAAUCGAGACAUUUGUUUAAGGAAAUUUAAAGGACUACAAAUAAGGUUACGUAAACCUAGGAAAACAAGCUCUGUGUGGUCAACCUCUUUUCAUCACACCUCCAGAAUCUCUGCCAGUCACCUGGGUCAAGGAAAUUCACAAAUGGCAAAUGAACAAUAUAAGAGAAGAGCAAAGACACUGGGGGCGGUCCAGAUCAUGAUUGGAUUUGCGUGCAUUGGUUCUGGAAUUAUUUUGGCUUUAAUGAACCAUGUUUCUGAAUAUAUUGGGAAUUUUGCCUCCAUGACUUUGAUUGCUGGAUAUCCAUUUUGGAGUGGUGUCUCUUUCAUUAUUUCUGGCUCUAUUUCUAUAUCAGCGUCCCCAACUGACUCCUAUCUUCUGUAUCGAAGCAGCCAAGCAAUGAAUUCGGUUAGUGCUAUCAUUUCUCUUAUUGGACUGGGUCUGCUGGGGCAUGAUGUGUCCAUCAAAGUUGUACUUACUGAAGACUAUGGGGCAGUGGUUUUGGGGAUAGGAAUUUCAGCCAUACUCAUGAUCUUCUCCUUCCUGGAAUUCUUCGUAGCUUUUGUCGUAUUCUAUUUUGUCAUUAAGAGUAACUGAGGUUCAUCCAGCUGUGUAAGCAAACAGCUCCAUGGCACCAGACUAUUCAUCAGCUCCAUCCAGAAAUAAUGGUCUCCAGGCUCAUACCCCGACAAAUGAAAAGAAAAAGAGGUAUCAGUCCAAUUUCACGGGGUAAAACUACUCUGCAGAAACUACUUAAGAAGCUUUUACUGUCCACAAUGAUCACUGAGCUCUAAGACUGAGAAUUGUAAAAUUAAUUCAUCACUGAUGGAAACCCUGUCUCCCUGUCACUGUUUCUUCCUGCGUACCACCAUUACACACAAAGGUGAACGGCCAGAGGAGUGAAAACGGCUCUGCAACUCUCUUAAAGUGACAAAUUAUCUUGUGCAUACUAUCUUUUCCUCAAUAAAAUAUUAUUAAAAA